ACAUUCAGGUGGUCCUGGCCUUCUUCACCCAACCAUCCUGCCAGGUUAAUUUGCCAUGUCAACCGCAACGGUGAUGGAGUGUUCCGAAUAUUAUGUGAGGCCUGUGGAACCCACCAUACUCGACGCUCAGGUUCAUUACAAGUUAUCCCCGAUGGACUUGAUAAUUUCAUUAUCGAUCGAGACUGUGCAUGUCAUUCCGGGAGAUAUCGACCCUCCUCGAUUCUUAGACGCGCUAUCCAGGACAUUGUCUGUCUACCCAUUAGCUGCGGGCAGGUUUGAGCGUCCAAGCGACACAUCUGAUGGGUGGAAGAUCCGUCUCACAAAGUCAGGUGUCCCGGUAAAGUUUCUCGAAAACCACACAGAACAGAUCAUGCCCAGUACUCGAGUUAUUCAGAACCAAGGAGUGGCGUCGUUGGUUGAGAAAGUGGACAUCGACAAGAUCCUCGAACCGCAUUCUGACGAGCCUCUUGCGAGAUUUACAAUGGUGAAAUUCGUGAAGACUGGUUUAACUGCCAUAGGAUUUUCCCAGUAUCACACGAUUGGUGACGGUUUUAUUGUAAUCCAAUUUCUGCGUCUUUUAUCACAGACAUACCAGGGACUACUCCCAUUGGACCCUUCGCCAUCUUAUUCAUCACACUAUUCGCCUCUGCAUGCCACAUCGACGUACCCUCAAGAAUCCCUCAUGACACCACACCUCGAGUCACCCUUCCCGAUGGGCGGCAAGCCUCCGUUCAUGGGAAGACAUAAGGGGGAGAUAUCGAGGGUUGAUAUUCACUUUCGCGUGGAGACGAUAGAGCAAAUCCAUAAGGCUGUAACCUUGCUUGCCAAUGAAAAUACAGACGAAGGCUCGCGGUCGGUUGCCUUUUCAAAACAGGAUACUUUAAUUGCACUGCUUGCUCGGGCUUCCACGAAGUCGGACCCGAGAAAUGCGAUCCAGCACAUCAUCAAUUUCUUCAUGUAUCGUGGAAUCGGUUCAACAAGUCCGACUGCGGUCGGUAACGCCAAUCUGGGUGCGAUCGCCUUCAUGCCGAAGGGAGCCUCUUCAAACGAGCCUAUUGAGUACAUAGUAAGACGCGUCCGCCAAGCCAUCACCCAGGUUCGCGAGCCUGAGUUCCUGGAAGUACUCAUAGCAAAAGUAGGAGAUCUUGCCCUGCGGGCUGCUGAUGCGAAUAUGCUCUUGGAUAUCACACCUCCAGACGGAAUCAUGGCCGUGAAUUCUACUUGGCGCUUUGACUGGACCUCGGCACAUUUUGGUCAUCCCGGUCGAACUCAAUUCUAUCACACGAUGCUGUUGGAACCAAGAUUCAUCAAGAUUGUCCAGCCUAACCCCAUUCGUUUAGCGGAUGGGACUUACCAGUCAUUUUCUGGGGAUGCGGAAGUAACACUGUGUGUCCUAAAGAAGCAAAGGGAGCUAUUCACUCGUGCAUUACAUGAGGAGAUGGGAGGAUUACACGUUGAAGGGAUGCCGGAAGUGGUAAUUGCUGAACUAGCAUGAACUGUCGAGAAGGCCAUCAGUGAACACAAACUAAAGUUCAAGACUAUUGUAGAAUUAUCGUAUAUGUGGUCGCACAAUCCAGAGAUGUCCUGAGCUCGGGAUAAUACGUGGGCGGUGCACUCAGCUUGCAAGCCCAUCUGGUUCACAACUGCUCGAUAAACACGGGCUCUUAUGCGGUCGCCGCAGGUUUCGUGCAAAGCGAUACUCAAAACAACUUUAUCGAAGUCAAGCGCUCUAUAAAUACUGGGACGCAGAAGUGACGCUCUGCGUGCUAAGAAAUUCUGAAGAUGUUCGUCUGAAGGUGGCUGUAUGGAGAGCAACUGACGGCACGAAAUGCAUGAAGAGCAGAGAUCAGAAGGCCUGCAAUCUUACAGAACAAAAACUCAUAUAUCAAGGUAUUUCAACACGUUGCUAGGAGUACAAUGACAACAUAGAACAGAGAAGAACGUUCGUACGAUGUGUUAGGUUUAGAUGGUAUGU